CACGUGGGAAGCAGUGUUCUCUGAGAUCAUGCCCCACGACCCCGACCCCCCUCCGGCGAAAAGAUUUAAGCCGGGGUCUCCUUUUUUUCGUCUAAAUAAAAAACCUGGGAUGUUGCUACCCCGUAAGGGAAACGCACCAUUGCCUAUAGACGUGCAACGGAAACAUCUUCCCAUUUACCAGGCGAAAUCCCAGCUCAUCAGCCAACUCAGACAGCUGCACAAUGCCGUUCUAAUAGGUGAGACUGGUUCGGGAAAGACUACACAGAUUCCACAGUAUCUUUACGAAGCUGGCAUUGGGCGACAGGGCGUCGUGGCAGUCACCCAGCCUCGCCGGGUUGCUGCGAUCUCACUGGCUGGGAGGGUGGCAGAGGAGAAAAAAACCCAACUUGGAAAACUGGUUGGGUACACAGUGCGGUUUGAGGAUGUCACCUCCCCCGAGACGAAGCUGAAGUUCAUGACGGAUGGCAUGCUGCUGAGGGAGGCUAUAGGGGACCCCCUUCUGCAGCGCUACACAGUGGUCAUCCUGGAUGAAGCUCACGAGAGGACGGUGCACACUGACGUGCUCUUUGGAGUGGUGAAGACCGCACAGAGGAAACGGCGGGAACAAAACAAGUUCCCCCUGAAGGUGAUUGUAAUGUCGGCUACCAUGGAUGUGGACCUGUUCUCCCAGUACUUCAACAAGGCCCCAGUUUUAUACCUGGAAGGCAGGCAACAUCCCAUUCAGAUCUAUUAUACUAAGCAGCAACAAUCCGACUACCUUCAGGCUGCGCUGGUGUCCAUUUUUCAGAUCCAUCAGGAAGCACCCCCGUCACAUGACAUCCUGGUGUUCCUGACCGGCCAGGAAGAGAUCGAGGCACUGGCUCGCACAUGCCGUGACAUUGCCAAGCACCUCCCCGAGAACUGUGGACCUAUGACAGUCAUUCCCCUCUAUGCCUCCCUGCCCCCGGUGCAGCAGCUGAGGGUCUUUCAGCCCGCUCCCAAGGGCUGCCGGAAAGUAAUCCUCUCCACCAACAUUGCAGAAACCUCCAUCACCAUUUCCGGAAUCAAGUUCGUCAUUGACACCGGAAUGGUGAAGGCAAAGAAGUACAAUCCAGAGAGCGGGCUGGAGGUUCUGGCCGUGCAGCGGGUGUCUAAGGCCCAGGCUUGGCAGCGAGCGGGCAGGGCAGGCAGGGAGGACAGCGGCUUCUGCUACCGCCUCUACACGGAGGACGAGUUUGAAAACUUCGCCAACAUGACCGUGCCUGAGAUACAGAGGUGUAACCUUGCCAGUGUAAUGCUGCAGCUUUUAGCUUUACGGAUUCCUGACGUCCUCAACUUCGACUUUGUGUCUAAACCAUCCUCGGAGGCCAUUUGCACUGCCAUUGAGCAGCUGGACGUACUCGGAGCUGUGGAGCGCAAGGACGAUCAGGUCACACUGACGCCGUUGGGGAAGAAGAUGGCGAGCUUCCCCCUUGAGCCCAGGUUUGCCAAGACGGUUCUCCUCUCUCCUGACUUCUCCUGCGCCGAGGAGGUGCUGACCAUCGUGUCCCUCCUGUCGGUGGACAGCGUGCUGUACAACCCGCCAGCUCGGCGGGAGGAGGUCCAGUCCGUGCGCAGGAAGUUCAUUUCCAGCGAAGGGGAUCAUAUGACCCUCCUCAGCAUCUACAGGGCCUUUAAAAAUGUGGGCGGAAAUAAGGAGUGGUGUCGGGAGAACUUUGUAAACAGCAGGAAUAUGGGGCUGGUGGCUGAGGUGCGCUCCCAGCUUAGAGAGAUCUGUGUUAAGCUGGGGAUGCCGCUGGAGUCUUCUCGCGGGGACACGGCCAACGUCCGGAGGUGCCUGGCACACGGGCUCUUCAUGAACGCAGCCGAGCUGCAGCCCGACGGUGGCUACGUGGCCCUGGACACGCACCAGCCGGUGGCCAUCCACCCGUCCUCCGUGCUCUUCCAGGCCAAGCCGGCAUACGUGGUCUUCAACGAGCUCCUGCACACCUCCAAGUGCUACAUGAGGGACCUCUGUCUGGUGGACGCCGACUGGCUCCACGAGGCCGCGCCGGAGUACUUCCGGCGGAAACUGCGGACCACCAAGAGCUAGCGCCCCGCAAGAGCGCCCACCCAGAGACGCACGGAAGAGCAGUGGCCGGAUUCCGCCCUGUUUCUGUUCAACUCCUGAAUCUAUAUUCAUAUUUUUUUAAUGUUGCUUCACUUUGGGGGCAUUGGGUCCUGGCCAGAUACUCUUGGUAGCAAGGUUAAUGGGGAGAGAAAGAAAUGAAAGAUUCAGUAGUGCAGGGCAGAGACUCAUUAAUGGGUAUUCCUUGCGAUUUCUGUUGGGCUUCAUGUGUAAAUAUCAGGAGUGGUCUGUGAUGGCUUGCCUUUGCUUUCAGUUUCAGGACUGAAUUGAUCGAAUAUACCUCUUCUGUUGCAAUGUUAACCCUUCUAUUGCAGUUUUUAGUGUGCUAUAGGGCUGGGACCUUUUCAAACUGGUGCAUUGUUUAAUUUAUGGUUCAAGUUUUACUUUGUAGGUUCAAGUUUUUACUAUUGUAGCAAAGUGACUUCGAUUCUCGUUUGCUGACUGCAACUGGCUAGCUUGUUGGUUAUAUUAGACUGAUUUCAGAGGGCAACUUAUUCUCAAAAGGAUUUCAAAAUUCAGUUAUGGAGACUAUUGUAAUCAUGCUAGUUUACAUCAGGCCUUCCUGUCUAACGUUACUGUAUAACGUUGGAAAAGUUGGCGAGCUGGCCAACUAUAUGUUUUCAAUAUUUUCAUAGUUUCCUUAUAGUUUCCUAUUUUGGUUAAAUUGUUUGGUUUUUCCCCAAAGAACCCCAGCGAAUGCUCAUAUUAACACUUAUAGACCGAUUAAAAAUGUGUUGAGUAGAUGGGCCAUUAAAUAUGUAUAUAUUGCAUUAUAAUAUAAAUGUCUAUUUAAUGAUCCAUCUGCUAGAUCAUAUUUAUUUCUCCCAGCCCUAAUGUUCAGUACUGUACAUUUUUACUAACUGUUUAUAGUCUUGUAUCUGCUAAUUGCUGCAGUACCAAAAAUAUGCUCAAACAGUGUAUUGGUUACUGUUCUUUUUCCAGAAUGUUCUAUCACAUGUUUUCGUACUGGCUGCAAAUUCAAUUGUUUCUGCAACUGUCAAUGGCUGUUGUGGCUGCCUUCUCCAUAUUUUUAUUGCAGGAAACAAGAAAUCCAUGUAGUUUAAAAAGCAGAUUUAUUUCUUCUGGUAAACCCUGCAACAGAUCCACCUCAGAAUUCUUCUUGUAUGUUGACGUUUGGCUCUAUUGGGUUUCAUUUAAGUGGAGCAUUCAUUUUUCUCCCUAAAUUGCGGAAACUGCAAUUGAAAUUGAAUUUUGUCCAGACUAAAAAUGUUGUAUGACACCCGUGAAAAAUGAGUCACUGACCCCCAAUGCUGCUUAGGUUAGUGUUGUGAGCAUAUUGUCUCUGUUGGUCAAUGAGGCUGUGACACAGUAUGCCACUAAUGACAGUACACUGUCAUUAGUAGGAAUGUGUCCACAGGAUGCAAGAUGUUCAACUCCUUCAGAGCCAGGAAAUGAUCGGGCUUCACUUGCAGUCACUAAAUGCAUGUCAUUUUGUAUUUUUAUAGUUAAAUACUAGUUCUAGAAAAAAGCGCUGAUGUUCACAGCUGAAGUACAGUAAAUGGUUGGCAUUUAUAUAGCGCCUUUAUCCAAAGCACUGUACAAUUGAUGCUUCUCAUUCACUCAUUCAUACACACACUCAUACACCGACGGCGAUUGGCUGCCAUGCAAGGCGCCGACCAGCUCGUCAGGAGCAUUUGGGGGUUAGGUGUCUUGCUCAAGCACACUUCAGCACUGCCCGGGCGGGGAUCGAACCGGCAACCCCCUCCGACUGCUCUUACUGCCUGAGCCAUGUCGCCCCCGAGUAGACAUGGCCUGACCUAUUGUACCAAUGGAUUAUAGAAGUAAACAUUGAGCACUGUUGCACAAUGCUAGUUUGUUCAUGCAAGCUUAUUGUAGAUAGAUAAUGCUAUGCAUGGACUAGGUGGCAGUAGAGAUGACCCUCAGGUUUUUUUUUGGUACAUUUAAAUGUACAGUACUGUGAUGGUUUAAAAAAAACAAAAGAAAAAACAUUUUUGAUGCUACACUGGCAUUCAAUAGAUUUUCUUUUAAAGAAGAUAUAUAUAUUGCACGCUAUCUUUAAACUUUUAUAUGAAUGAUCACAAAAAGUAGAGCAAAGCCAAUUAGAGUAUGCGGCUCAACAUUUUUGCACCAGUAAGAUUCUUUACUGAUAUAUAUCCUAAACAUUUUAUAAAGCUAUUUUACUGGUAUUCAUAAUGUCUUUAGACAGAAUGUCAUUGUUAAUUAGAUUUAGUUUGUGCAUGCAUAGUUUCAAUUCAUAUGGACCCCUACAGUAAUUCAUAUUGGUGAUCCCUAAAAUUUUGGAAAAUGCAUCAAGCGAUCCAGGAAAAUGAGCAAUUAAGGACACAUUUAUUGACCAUACUAAUAAUUACCAUCAGUACACUAGGCAGAAACCAUGCAUUUGCAUGGCAGCCUACAAUAUUUGCCAUGUAAUGUUCUGAACUAAAAUUAAUAGCAGUUGUUAAACAACAGUAGAGUUCUUAAGAACAAAGCCUUAUAAAUCUGCAUUCAAAUUCAUAUUUAUGCUGUGAACUCAGGCUUCAUUUUCCCCUUAAAUUGGAAGUCUAUAAAUAUUCUGCUUCAAUAAAUGAUUAAUAGCAGAAUUGGGACUCAAAAGUGCCAUGACACUGAUGGAUAAUGAUUUAUGCAAAACGAUCAAAACUUUGCCCCACUGGCACCACUGCAAUUGUAAGCAGAAUUAAACUGUUAAAUAAAUAUAGGAUAAUGUUUACCAAAAAUGUAUCUUUUAUAAUUUCUCUUUUUACAUUGAAACCUCACUUUAGGAUGUCCCUCAUAUACUCAAUUCAUAGUGUACUCACUAUACUCACAAAGGCUGAGACUGGGCUUUUAAUAUUGAGCAUUGAGCGGAAUUUGUGGUCAGUAUAUAGAGUAUCUGCAGUUGUGCUCAUUGUUUAUGGCUGCUCAGAUGACAAAAUGGCAGCAAGAGAAUUUGUUGUAGUUAUUUUGUCAAACUUGGAGCAAUUGUAUGACCAAUAUGAGGUAUGAUCAGAAGAAUUUGACAGUGUUUUACAGUGUUUUUAAUAAACUAUUUCCACACCAA